CCAUUGUGAUAACGCAUAACAUUAAAUCCAAAAAUCAAGAAUCAAAUCAGAGAUCAUUCGUUUGAAAAAUAAUGUCAGGAGUCGGACCAAUCUCACAGGACUGGGAACCAGUAGUCAUCCGCAAGAAGGCUCCCACCGCCGCUGCUAAGAAGGAUGAGAAGGUCGUCAACGCCGCCCGCCGCGCCGGCGCUGAGAUUGAAACUCUCAGAAAAUCAAAUGCUGGCACAAACAAAGCCGCCUCUAGCAGCACUUCUUUAAACACAAGAAAGCUUGAUGAUGAAACGGAGAACUUAUCUCAUGAACGAGUUCCAACAGAAUUGAAGAAGGCUAUUAUGCAGGCUCGAAUGGAUAAGAAACUGACCCAGUCUCAGCUUGCUCAGUUGAUCAACGAGAAGCCCCAAAUUAUACAAGAGUAUGAGUCUGGAAAAGCAAUUCCUAAUCAACAGAUAAUAGGAAAACUAGAGAGGGUUCUUGGUGCGAAGCUUCGAGGAAAGAAAUGAAGUUUGGGUCUGGAAUUCUAAACUUGUCUGAGUGUCUCUUGGAGUCUUAAGAUUGGUGGUGUACAUCAACUUCUUUCUACCAUUAUUAUGGCUCGCAUGUAAGAAACAGUGUGUUUGAGACCUGUGAUGCUGUUAUUUGAAUGUAUCGUUGUUCUUGCA